GUCGGAAGCCGAGCAUCGGCUCCGCGCCCGGAUUCCGCGAGCUCGUCUCACCGCAGGGAGCGCCGGAGCUGCGGCGGCCACAGAACUGUUUAAAUCAUGGACAAACAAAAUGUGCAAAUGAAUGAUCCUCACCCAGGAACACAGUUGCCAGGACCUCCAGGAUAUACUGGCUAUCCUGGCACCCAGGCUGGCUAUCCAGUCCCGCCAGCUGGCUAUUCAGGUGCUGGCCCAGUCGGCUUUCCUGUCCCAUACCAACCAGUGACUAGUCAGGCAGGCGGGCCUACAGGGGUACCAUGGAUGCCAGCACCAUCACCUCCAUUAAACUGUCCACCCGGAUUGGAAUAUUUGAGUCAGAUAGAUCAACUAUUGAUUCAUCAGCAAAUUGAACUUCUGGAAGUCUUAACAGGUUUUGAAACUUGUAACAAGUAUGAAAUUAAGAACAGUCUUGGACAGAGAAUUUACUUUGCAGCAGAGGAUACUGAUUGCUGUACCCGAAAUUGCUGUGGGCCUUCUAGGCCUUUUACAAUGAGGAUUCUUGAUAAUAUGGGUCGAGAAGUCAUAACUCUGGAGAGACCACUAAGGUGUACCAGCUGUUGUUUUCCCUGCUGCCUGCAGGAGAUAGAAAUCCAAGCUCCUCCUGGUGUACCAGUAGGUUAUGUUACUCAGACCUGGCACCCAUGCCUGCCAAAGUUUACACUUCAAAAUGAGAGGAGAGAGGAUGUACUAAGACUUACUGGUCCAUGUAUUGUCUGCAGCUGUUGUGCAGAUGUUGAUUUUGAGAUUAAAUCUCUUGAUGAUAAAUAUGUGGUUGGGAAGAUUUCCAAGCAGUGGACUGGCCUUGUGAGAGAGUUAUUUACAGAUGUCGAUAACUUUGGCAUCCAGUUCCCUUUGGACCUUGAUGUGAAAAUGAAAGCUGUGAUGCUCGGCGCAUGUUUCCUCAUUGACUUCAUGUUUUUUGAAAUGACUAGAAGUGAACAGAGAGCAGGAGUGUGGUAAUGCAUUCAUUGACAUCUCCUCAGAAAAUCUGAAGUCCCUAUAUCAAUUGGAACUAUGUAAAAGAAAAACUGGUGGAUUUUUCUCUUUAUGUAAAUGACUUAUUAUAGCAUAUGUGAAUUACACUGUGAUGCCUGAAGCUCCAGAUAUAUGAUUUUACUUUUCAAAUUAAAGAGUUUAUUUUUAAUAUCACUUGCUUAUAAAUGUUUUUAUACAUUUUCUUUUUCAUUGUGUAUUUUGGAGAAAGGAUAUAGAAAUUUUUACAUUUAAACAUAACUUCCUAUGAUUAAUUACUUUGAACUACAGUCUCUGCUUUAUUUUCAAUUUGUAUCGCAAAAUUAAAGACUUUUUAAAGUAAUUUUAAUAUAAACUUAUACCUUAUUUUAUUAAAUCUAGUUACAAUUUAUUUCAUAUGUAACAACUGUUAUUUUGCAAAUACCGUAUAUUCAAAAGAAUUCAAAAUGAACAUAAUUUCAGUGUUUUUUUACAAUUAUGUUCAAAUAAUAAUAUUCAUAUGUCAAGGGAAAGUAAAAUGUAUUUUUUGAUCAGAAAAUCACACUACAUUUAACUUCUCCUAUAAGCUAAUCUGCAACUAUAAAUAACAUUUUCAUUUUGACAAGACUAUAAAUUACCAAUUUUUGAUAAUGAUUUUUCGUGAAAAAAGAAUGAUUCUGUCCCCAAGAAAGACACAUUUAAAGACUCACUCACUCUAAAACUGGGAUAUUGUUAUAAGUUUUGAAGUAAUUAUUUAUAUAUGGAAUGGUUAGCUCCUGUUCUGUAUUCUGUCAUUCAUGGAACAUAAUAGUUUUCAGAUCACUCAGGUGUUAAUUAAAUAGAACAUAUAUAUUCUGAGUAUAAAUGUCUACAAUGGUCUGAUUAUUUUUACCAACAAUCAAAUAACUAAAAUAAAAAAUUGCUGAUAUA